AGGGAACCAGCAGGAAUAAUCAAAGUGGAAUCUCAAAGGUUUCUGUGCGUGUCGUGUACCUGAGACAUCAGGUUCAGGAAGGAUGGCAGCUCGGCGUGCGCUGAAAGCUGUCUUGGUGGAUCUCAGCGGCACACUUCACAUUGAAGACUCAGCUGUGCCAGGCGCGCAGGAAGCUCUUAAAAGGCUGCGCAGCGCUCCGGUUACCAUUCGAUUUGUGACGAACACAACGAAGGAGUGCAAGAGAGACCUGCUGGAGAGGCUGACGAAGCUGGGAUUUGACAUUGCAGAAAAUGAGAUCUUCACGUCUCUGACAGCAGCCAGAAAUCUUCUGGAGCAAAAGCAGGUGCGGCCUCUCCUCCUGGUGGACGAUAAGGCCCUGCCUGAUUUCACAGGCAUAGCCACUGAUGACCCCAAUGCAGUGGUGGUAGGACUGGCUCCUGAGUGCUUUCACUACGAGAUGAUGAACAGAGCGUUUCGGUUGAUUUUGGAUGGUGCUCCUCUUAUAGCUAUUCAUAAAGCCAGAUACUUCAAGAGAAAAGAUGGCUUGGCUCUGGGACCUGGACCUUUUGUAGCUGGGCUGGAAUACGCGACGGACACCAAAGCGACAGUGGUGGGGAAGCCAGAGAAAACCUUCUUCCUAGAAGCUUUGCGGGGGACUGACUGUGCCCCAGAAGAGGCCGUCAUGAUUGGUGACGACUGCAGGGAUGAUGUUGGUGGCGCCCAGAAUGCGGGCAUGCGUGGGAUUUUGGUAAGGACCGGUAAAUAUCGACCGGCAGAUGAAGACAAAAUCAAUCCCGCUCCUUACUUAACCUGUGAGAAUUUCCCAGAGGCAGUGGAACAUAUCCUAGAGCGUCUGCUGUGAGAAAGGGAACAGUUAGUUUGACAAGACCUCUGUUUCACAUCAUUUCCUUUACUCUUGCUUCAAAAAUUAAGGCCACAGGAUCAGUGCAUGCAUUGCAUCAGAAACCUAGCCGUGAGCUCCUGCCACUCGAGUCGUGAAAGGGCAGAGGAUCGGUGUGGGCCCCGGCCCAGUCACGGCAAAGCCCCUUUCCUGUAGUAGUUUCACGAGGCUGUGAUGAGGGACUGCGGAUACCUGGCAGGUGAGACAGAAAGGCUACAACCAGCACAGCUGCUUUCCUGAACGACGUAGGGAGCACGGCAGAGAGGUCUGUUUAUUUCCAGUUUGCAAGAAAUAACUGAUGAAAAGCCCUGUCUGGAAAGUGUCACGUUCUUCUGCUGAAUAAGCUAAACUGAAAAAAAACCCCACUGGAAAUACUCAAGUAAAUAAACCUCCAAGACUAACAGAGCCUGAGUCAGCCUGUAGUGAUUUCACUGAGUAUGAUUCUGCUCUGCUCUAAUUUAAAGGUAGAGAUUAGGCACAUUUAGAAGUGACUUUUAAAUUAAAAUAUCACCAUUGUUUAAUAAUAACUGCUGUUGAGAUCUUUCCUCUCAUUAGAACAGAUCCUGGGUUUUGUUUUUCAAAUUUUACAUAAAAUUAAAACUGUCAGCAUUUUACAGAUGUUUUAAUUAGAUGCUGUUAUUAAAAAGAAUGGUACAGAAACAAAAAUCUGGUAUUAAAUGCCUUAGAGACUGUGAAUUCUUGAAAUUAGACUUCAGCAGGGUCCUAUUAAUGCUACAGUUGCAAAAUUUCACUGUUGUUGGGGUUUUGUUGUUUCUUUUUAAUGUUACGGGAAAAAUCCUUCAUAAGCCAUGGGGACAGAUUCCAGUUUUUACACAGUUGGUUAGCAGAGCUGUAAAAUGAGAUUUAAUUCUGUAGUACGCCAUGCUUUUUCUGUGCGCUAAAGCCACCGACAAGAACCAACUUUGUAAUGAUGGUAAAUAGCUUUUCUGGUCCAUUUGUGAACUGUAAUAAUCAAAGUCCUCUACAGUUGUUUUACAGUGCUGCUGAGUGUUAAAUUAUUAGAUUGUAAUUAUACGUUACCGGAGUAUUAACCUUAUUGAAAAUACAGUUUUGUGUUAAUAAGC